UCUUAUUCUGUGGAAACUGGACUGCCGAAAUUCAACCAUGGGUCAAGACGCCAUGCCUGCGGGCCUCUCUGGCCCGUCUUUCUCCUCCGACCUUCCUCCUAGGGAGAGGGUAUUUCUCCGAGGUCUUUACACGGACGUAGAGGCCCGUCUUGGCCGGGUUGACUCGGGCAUCGACGCGCUCCGCCGCCGGGUCCGCGACUUCGACGGUGUGUUGGACGGACAGAUACGCCGCUGCGAGUCGGCUGAGGGUCGGGUCCGAUCGCUGCGGGAUGACUUCUCGCGAAUGGACCGCGAGAUCUCGGAGAUGUCAGCCGAGCUUGGCUCCAACUUGGAGGCCGAGGAAGAUGACAGGCAAGAUGCGAGUGAAGACAAUAUGGAUGGAGAGUUGCAGGGCGCCGAUACCUCAGUAGACUGCAACAUACAAGUGAGUCGGUCGUCUGCGGCGGAUUCAGGGGCCGGACGAGUACAUGUUACUUCCGAACUCGGAACAAAUAGUUCUACAGAAUUGGUCCGAACAAGGGAAACACUGGAACAUGGUUCAGUAACGAAUGUUACCAAUGGGGAUGGAACGACAACGCGAGCGGGGAAGCAUCAGAAAACGACAGUCAGUAAGUCGAGUAACUCUAUCCCUACCCAAAGUGGUCAUCAAGUUGCACACAGCCGCUUUACGAAUUCGUCGCAGUCAACUGGCGUGCAGGAUAGCGAUUCUGAUGAAACACAUCACGGUAUCGAUUCUUGCAAUCAGCAAUCAAGGAAUCGACACCAGUCACGCAAUAGAGACAAUGGAGGCAUUUCUAUUCACCAAGACAAUAACGCAGUGUCGAUCGGAGUCGUCUGUAACAUCAAUGACCCAACUGCGAAUGGGCCAGCUCGACCAAACAUGGCGUCGCGCGCUCGAUCGAUUGAAGGACACUCAAGGGAUCUGUCACGUGCGGAACAGCAGCUUGUCGAUUUGGCUCGCGAACUCAACGACUUCAGGAGAACAAUCUCUGUAAGCAAUUCCAAAAUGAAAUCCGACGACUGUUUGGCGGAGUCCCCGAGUUCACGAAACGAAGGAGGUGCAGUAGCAACUGCACAGCAUACAGAAAUCGGUCAAGGAGCGACGGGUACUCAUCAAACAGCCGUGAUAAACGUCAACGAAUUGGAACAUCCGUCAAUCCAGAGCACCCGAAAUAUUUCCGUUGAAAAUCGAGGGAGCAGAUACGCAGAAUUCGAUAGAUAUGUGGAGGAGAUAAUCAAACGGCAUUCAAGAGAAACAAGCCAAAACUUUGACGAGUCAGAGCAGACAAUCAAAGUCAAGUGCAACGAAGAAGAGAAGAGACGUGAAUUGAAGCAUGUCGAGCCAUUGGAACAAGAAAAGUCCAUGUUGUCAGCUGAAGGGGUAUCUGAUGAGACCGAUUCUCCUUCAGACACAACGCAACUGCCGGAGACAAAAUUAAACGAAAAGGAUCUAACUUCAUCAUCGACCGCGGAGGGAUACACCACAUGUGACGAAGGGGACUCCCCGUGUGUGUGCGAGCACGGAGCAAACGUCACGUGUCAGGAGACCGAAGCAACCAAUUCAAAUUCCUCCACGUCUGAGGGUGAAUGCUGCCACCAAGCGACGGAAUCUAGACCAAGACAGGGGUGUUUAGAGCGCCUGUGCGAGCAAUUAUCAUCGAGUGUCGAAACCAAUCCAUGCGGUUGCUGCCUUCGCGACGUGCUCGCCACCUACGUCCGCCAGUUCCUGCAGCUCCUGCACUCUCGCGUGACCCAAGAGGUCAAGAAGCAGUCAAAGGUCAAGCAAAAGGUCAGGCACCAGGGCGGAAGCAACAGGGGCCGCGUGACGGACGCUGACAUCAGCCGUGCACGUGACGCUGUAUUCGGCCGGCUGGGCCUGACGAUACCCAUGCUUGAAGUCUUAACGGAGUUUGACCACCAUCACCAGAUCGGGUCGGAGCAUCGCACACAGGUAGAUCCAGCCCACGUCACCGAUGACGAAAUCCACCGGUUGUUGGUUACCAUGGGAAUGAGCUGGCACGCUAUGAACAACCACCUCCAUGACAACGACUGUGCGUUCAGGAUUGCCAUAGCAACGGUGCAUGCCCAAAUGCACCACGUGGACUAGAUGUCUACAGUUUUUUUUAUGUGGAUGUAAACAAAUAUGUAAAAUGUUCCUCAUGGGGGUGAGCAUUUUGAGGCAAAAGACCGUACGACAAUAAAUCACCAAAAACAAUCUGCCUGAUGGUAAGGAACAUUUUGAAGGGGGUAGGUGGCCAUGAACUUGUGACGAAUGCAAAAAUACUGAGUGUUAUUAUCAACGGUCCUAUGGGGUCAAAGUUUGUAAAAACUUUAUAAGACAACAACGAAGAUCUUUCAAUUCACAUGAAUCAAUAAUCUUACAACAAUCUAGAAGAAACAGCGGCUACCUACAAUAAUAAAUCAAUAAUUUAUACUCAAGACCGCAACAAAUGGAAAUUUUUCAUUUCUAUAGUGCCAUGGUAAUUAAGUCAAUAAGUGGUUAAAAACAAUUCUGCGAUUUUUGUGAAUGUGUUAUCGAAUACACGAUGGCGAAAUUUAAUUUGAGUACAAACUAUGUUGUUUUAUUUACCAAGGCAGUGAGUUUUGUUGUUUGGAGAUAGGUAGAGGCCUUCUGGGCAUGCGCAGUGGAAGGCGCCCUCAGUGUUCACACAUAGGUCAGAGCAGCCGCCAUUGUUGUCCAGGCAUUCAUCAAUGUCUGCAAAAUCCAAAAUCCAUUAUUUAAAAACUUUCGUCACAUUUGUUAAAUUCAGAAGUCGGGGUAUACCAGUUUCUAUUCCAUGAUCAUUAUCAAUAUAGAUAGUUUCUACAAUUCCAUGAAUUUCGUUUCCUAA